UCGACACCAUGGCAGACAUAGACCUACACGCAACCAACACUUACGUUAUUCAAGACAAAUUCGAAAUAGACAAGGAAGAUUUAGAUGGAGAGUUGAAAAUUAUAGGAACGGACUACACGUACACCCACAGGAUAUUAUGGCCGAUUGUGCUAGCCAUGGCUGUGUUACACAUCGGAGCGAUUACUGGGUUAGGGCUGGUCCUUGGUGGAUAUGUGAAGGUCGCUUCGAUACUAUGGGCAAUUUUCUUGUCGUUGGUGGCGACUGAAGGGGCGCACAUGGGGGCCCACCGCUGCUUCAGCCACAGAGCCUUCAAAGCAAAGCCGUUGCUGAAAGUCAUAUUGCUGAUCAUGCAAACCAUUUCAGGACAGGUAUUAUACCUACCUCAGUUCUAUUGAUAAACUACUUCCUAAACAAGCUGUUUUAAAUAAAAUUUGCGCCACAAGUAGGCUAGGUACUAAACAAAAUGCGCACAAGCAAUCUAGGUACGUACACUAAUAUUAAGAAGUUGAAAAGAUUGCUUGGUUGAAUGCGCUAAGCGCCUCACAGUGUGUUAUGAGACUGUAUAAUCGGACAUUCUCAUUUAUUUAAUGAACUGUAUAGAGCUCAGUUAUAUGUUAUGACUAGCUGUGCCCGCGACUUCGUCCGCGUAGAAGUCGAAAACUAUCU